AGCCGUACCGGCUUCGGGUCUGCGACCUUCUUAAUUUGUUUGCUUCACCUUGUCGGCCUCGCGCUGCGCGAAUGCCUGCGUCCACGAAGAAAGCCGUGAAGACCAAGACUGACAACUGCAGGGAUCGCAAACGGGCAGCCUCUAUCCAAAACUGGCUCAAGAAACCGUGGGUCAAGCAGUACCUCCAGAAGGCGGCCAAAGUGCACUUGAAAAAAUACCACGACACCGUGGGAGCCUUGAGGAAGAGGCAGACGGAGCUCCACAAGGAAGUGAAGGAGAAAAAGAAGGAGAACUUCCACUUGCGCCGUGAUGUGUUCGUCCACACGCGCGCGGCCGAGAACGCCCGCAAGAACCUGGGCACCGCGAAGGACAAGAACGAGGGCUUGCGCAAGCAGCUGCGGGAGACUCAGGAGGAGCGAGGCGACUGGAAGCAGAAAGCACGCACAGCCCGACGGGAGGGCGAGGCGGCCGCUUGGGACGAGGCGGAGCCGGAGAACGAGAGCUUGCGGGCUAGCCUCAAGAAGGCGCAGGCGAAGUGCCGCGGCCUCUCCACGGAGAAGAACCGCUUCCUCCAGAACGCUUCCAAGGCGCAGCAGGCGAACUACUACGAGCUCGUGAGGCGGCCGAGAGGCCCCAGGGCGAGCGACCGGGACGGGUGCUUUGGCGCCCAGUAGCCUGCUGCCUCUGCAAACGGCGAAUUCGGCCACCGGCCUUGCAUGUGCAAGCCUAAAAAAACGACAAGCAAGGCGG